UGAAGGGGGAGGAUUCUAUCUGUUUCUGGCAAACAUGAAGUCAGACCUCUGGUACAUCUUUCUCUUCUGCUUCCAGGUUGAAGUUCUAACAGGAGAAAUCAAGGAUUCUGCCAAGUCUGAGAUGUUUACAUUUCAUAAUGGAGGUGUACAAAUUUUAUGCAAAUACCCUGAGACGGUCUGGCAAUUUAAAAUGCAGUUGCUGAAGGGGACGCAAAUACUCUGUGAUCUCUCUAAGACAAAGGGAAGUGGAAACACGGUGUCCGUUAAGAAUCCGAAAUUCUGUCAGUCUGAGUUAUCCAACAACAGUGUCUCUUUUUUUCUGUACAACUUGGACAGUUCACAUGCCAGCUAUUACACCUGCAAACUAUCCAUUUUUGAUCCUCCUCCUUUUCUAGAGAUUCUUAGUAAAGAAUAUUUGAAUAUUUACGAAUCCCAGCUUUGUUGCCAACUGAAGUUCUGGUUUCCCAUAGGAUGUGCGGCUUUGGUUGUACUCUACAUUUUUGGGUGCAUAUUUAUUUGUUGGCUUACAAAAAAGAAGUACCGACCCAGUGCGCAUGACCCUAAUAGUGAGUACAUGUUCAUGGCAGCAGUGAAAACAGCUAAAAAACCUGGACGUGCAGGUACGGCUCCAUUUGGCGGGUUGGGCAGAGAAGAGUGCUCUUCAUAUUAAGCCUGGGUUUUUAAUUUUUUAUAUUAAAGGAAGGUGAAAAUGUGUCGAAGGCCUAAUUUUAGUAUUUUCUGUGAAAAUCUGGACUUUCACUUGAACUGAUUGGGCAUUUUCUGCAGCACAUCGGAAACAAACAAUAAACUUGUAAACCACUAUUAAAAGCAAACAAAAAAUUCACAAACCACUAUUAUAUCGUAAUUUCCUCAUUGAUAUUUCAAAAAUAGGGAGGAGUCUAAGUUUUCCUUGUUAAAAAGUUCAAGUCAUACAGUGAACAUGCAAAUUAAAUGCAAGUUCCUGAGUGUGGUACUUGGGGGAUACACAGAUACAUGGAGAUUUUUGACUGAGAUUUGGAACAAACAUCUGGGCUGGAGGUACCAAGGGGAAGAAGGAAAAAUUGGUGACAGUAUUGUAAUUUUGAUGAAAGAACGUGCAAGUUGAGAGUGGUGGGUGGCCCCAGUUAGGCGGGACUCUGACCUUCCCAUUCACAAAGAGUGUGGUCAGUUUGAGGGCCGUUAGGUGGAGGAGCAUCCAGAAAGCCUAAACCUUGUGGAAAGUUUCAAGUCAUUCGCCUUUGAGGUUGCAGUGAUGUGAGGUGCAUUAAGAGACAGAAGCAUUUUUGCCACCACUCAGUGAAAUCCUUGUAUAAAAGGGACACACAUAGCAUCUGUUGUCAUGGAGUUAAAGCAGGGAAAGGGAGCUAAAUGCUCAUUUAGUCCUCAUAUUUCAGAUGAGAGAAAUUGAUGCCAAGGUGUUCAAUGACUUCUCGGCUUCCCCAGACAGUUAAUGUCAUAGCUUUGACACUAACAAAGAGCUUGUGUUUCAUUUCUUUGCUAUUGAAAAAAAAAAUUCUUUCUCUCAAUCUCUGUGCUCAUAAUAAUGUCAGUCUUAGUCUGGAUUCCAGAAAGCAGACCCUGAGACAAAGACUUGGGUGCAAGUAGUUUAUCUGGAAAGUGAUCCCUGGAAGAGGGGUGAGGGAUCAGGGAGAAUGGGGCAGACAAGGAGGAAAAGCGCAUGAAGGGGGCAUUACCAAGAUCUCAGCUAGAGGCCACAGAACCCUGAGAAGUAUGCAGACAACUCCAGAGUUGUAGUUCUGAAGGAUGGGGAGGGGGAGAUUAUCCACCAGCUCCCAUACCCACUGGCUUGCAGUUGCCUGCAGGGUGCAUUUACUCUCCUUUGUCCCUAAACUGUGCCCUGUGCUUGGGCUAACAAGUCAUCAGAGAAAGCCCUGAGGCAGAAAAGCAGAGAAAUGCAAGGUGGGGCUCUUGUGCUAGAAUGGUCAGCAAGGGAAGAAACGGCUACUCCAGCUGUGCCUGGCAUCAAAAUGGGCAGUUUCAGACCCCACCUACCAAGCCUAGCAUAUCAUUUUGCAAAAGAUGUAAGCAAAUAAUAGCUGUGAAAAUGGCUAGAGUGGAAGCUUCUUGAGGGUAGGCAUGGUCUUCAUUCUGUAUUCUGAAAGCAUUGCAUACACAGUUCCAAGCAAAGCAUGACUAAGGACUCUUAUCAAAUAUUUAUUGUAUGAUUAUUACAUGAAUAGCAUGAGCAUUAUGUGUUGGGGAGGGGAGGGAAGCCUCAAGAGAGUCCUUGUCUUCCAUCUGUAAUGUAAUGUCAGUGGGAAAGUGAUAACAGAGGGUGGAGUCACUCAAUUGCAAAGUAUAGAGUUCAGAUAAUGCCUGUGACAGGGGUUGAGAAUGGACUGGGUAAAACUACAUGGAUAAUAUGGAACUGGUACUGUAUCACGAAGCAUAAAAAAGAGUUUGGAUGGGUUUGGGUAUAUGUGUGUGUGUGCAUGUGUGUUUAUAAGAGGCAGAGGAAGGGGAAAACCCAUUGAAGGGUAUUGGCACAUGGAAAACUUUUAAAGAAUUUAUGCUAAAUUUUGUUUCAGAUGUGACCCAUAACUCAGAAUUCUCUGGCACCCCAGCGUGAACCACAUUGGCCAGUUCUCCUGACUUGAAGUGCGAGCUUCCCUUAUUCCCUGGUCUGACUGACUUGACUACACACAUCUUCCACUGACGUUUUGUUCAGUCUGGACCAGUAUGACUGUAUCAGUCACUUGGGAUUUUAACAGACUGCCUAAGGACUGCUGAGUUCUCUCAAAACAAACACCCUCUUGCAAUUAGCUUUCUAGAAAGCCCAACUCAUGUGUGCUCAACAAAUAGACCUCACUGGGAUGGAAUCCCUGUCUUCACAUCUGCUUCUAGCGAUGCACCAGCCAGAAAACAAGCACAUCUACAAAUAUUUUAAAAGAUGCCAAGGGUACUGAAUCUGCAAAGCAAAUGGCUGCCAAGGGCCAGAAUCUGUCUGCAUUUCUCCACAGACUACCUCUUCUUCCUGUGGGCACAGGCAUUCCUUUUUCAGUCAGACUGUAGAGGGAGAUGCUUCAAAACUGUAGCUAUUUUAUUUCUGAGGUGUGGAUAUGUAAGUGUACUCUGCCAAUUCAUUAGUACACAGAACCCUUCUCCAAGCUGUGAACCCCAGGCCAUCAUUCCACCAAGAGUUUUUAGAUGCCUUCUGCCCUCCACUUUCCUUUUUAAAGUACUUUUACAAGACUACUUGACAGAUACUCUGAGUAGGGAGCUAUGGCUACAUUUUUUUUCUCUGCUGCUCAAUGAAAUAUUAUAUAUAUAUAUAAUAUAUAUAUUCUACAUAUAGUUACAGCCUAAUGAAUACAAUUUGCCUAUAGUCUCCCUACAAGAAUAUUUUUGCUCCAGAAAGACAUUUUAUUUUCCCAAACACAGUUAAAAUGGUUUACUCUGCUGACUUGUUGACAUCAGUGGUAGAGAAUAUUGCCAAGAAUCAGAAGCGACUUUAUUUUAUGAUCCUGUUUUUGACCAUUAUCUAUGUUUUCGUGGUGCUAUUAAUUAUAAACUAGGCUAUUUCAUAGAUCACAGUAAAAUUUCAAGCAAACAAAUCCACCUUUCACUGUCAAGCAUUGUCCUGGGGAUAGAGCCAUUGGUGUAUUCAGUAUGAAAGCUGCAGUUCCUCGAGGUCACUGCCAAACUACAGCCAUGCCGUCUGUGGCCCCCAUCAGCCUGGAGCAGCCAUCUAGACCUGGGUGGAAUUCCAAGUGUUGACAGAUCCUCCUGAGUCCAAGGACAACCACCUGCCGAGGCUGAAGUCCGCCCCAGGACCAUACAGGGUCUGCCUGCCUUUGUGUGCGUCCAGGAUCUGUGAAGAAGCACAGAUGUCAGGGAGUAACCAGCAUGAUUCCCUCUCCUAGCAACCAUUCAGCCUGGAAACUGACUCUGGCCCUUCAAGAUAGUUUUCCUUUAAAUACAAUUUGGUUGGGAAGAUUUUUAAAUAUACGUAACAUGUGAUUAUUUUUAGCUGGAUUAUUUUCUCCACUUCCUGUCUGCAUACCCAAGGCCCAUGUGUAUGUAACAGCAUUUUUAACUUUUGGUAAAAUGGGGUUAUAUGGUAGUUUUAAAAUUUGUAAUUGCCUGCUUAUAUUACUUUAAAAGUGAGACCUGAUGUUUCAUUAUGCAUACUUACAUUAUUUUAAGGAUGUGUAAUGCCGGACAUGUACAGUAAAGUACUGAAUUUGUAAUUUGAA